CGGGACAUCCGGCCCAGGUCCCUCGCCGCGCCCGCCGCCUGCAGCCCACCGCCCGCUUCGGCGCCGCAGCCUGGGAGCCAGCCACCUCUGCACACGCCGGGGCCGCCCCCUGCCCUCUCCGCCCCAACUCCCUCACGGUUCAGACCCUCCUCCCGCCCCCAGCCCGAGCCCGCCUCCCAGGCCGCCGUCAAAUCGGCCGGGCCUGCGCAGGCCCCCACCCCGGGAGCACCAUGUUCCCCCGCCCGCUGACCCCGCUGGCAGCCCCAAAUGGCGCCGAGCCCCUGGGCCGGGCGCUGAGGCGGGCCCCUCUGGGCAGGGCCCGGGCAGGGCUUGGGGGGCCGCCCCUGCUGCUGCCGUCCAUGCUGAUGUUCGCGGUGAUCGUGGCCUCCAGCGGGCUGCUGUUCGUGAUCGAGCGGGGCAUCCUGGCCGAGAUGAAGCCCCUGCCCCUGCACCCCCCCGGCCGCGAGGGCGCAGCCUGGCGCGGGACAGCCCCCAAGCCUGGGGGCCUGUCCCUGAGUGCUGGGGACUCGGACCUGCAAGUGCGGCAGGACGUCCGGAACAGGACCCUGAGGACUGUUUGCAGACAGCCGGGCAUGCCCCGGGACCCUUGGGACUUGCCGGUGGGGCAGCGGCGCACUCUGCUGCGCCACAUCCUCGUGAGUGACCGCUACCGCUUCCUCUACUGCUACGUGCCCAAGGUGGCCUGCUCUAACUGGAAGCGGGUGCUGAAGGUGCUGGCAGGCGUCCUGGACAGCGUGGACGUCCGCCUCAAGAUGGACCACCGCAGUGACCUGGUGUUCCUGGCAGACCUGAGGCCUGAGGAGAUUCGCUACCGCUUGCAGCACUACUUCAAGUUCCUGUUUGUGCGGGACCCCUUGGAACGCCUCCUCUCUGCCUACCGCAACAAGUUUGGAGAGAUCCGAGAGUACCAGCAGCGCUAUGGGGCCGAGAUCGUGAGGCGGUACAGGGCUGGAGCAGGGCCCAGCCCUGCAGGCGACGAUGUUACAUUCCCCGAGUUCCUGAGAUACCUGGUGGAUGAGGACCCUGAGCGCAUGAAUGAGCAUUGGAUGCCCGUGUACCACCUGUGCCAGCCUUGUGCUGUGCACUAUGACUUUGUGGGAUCCUAUGAGAGGCUUGAGGCCGAUGCCAACCAGGUGCUGGAGUGGGUGCGGGCACCACCCCACGUCCGAUUUCCAGCUCGCCAGGCCUGGUACCGGCCAGCCAGCCCUGAAAGCCUGCAUUACCACUUGUGCAGUGCCCCACGCGCCCUGCUGCAGGAUGUGCUACCUAAGUAUAUCCUGGACUUCUCCCUUUUUGCCUACCCACUGCCUAAUAUCACCAAGGAGGCGUGUCAGCAGUGACCAUGGAUGUGGGGCCAGCAGCUGGUGGGGACUGGUUUCAACGCCAGCUUUCUGUGCUUCUGCCUGUCAUUCAGAGAAACCCUGGCCCUGGGGCUUGGGGCUUCUCAGGAUGCCUGGAUGGCAGAGACUGCCCUCGGAAGUUCCUUAUCCAGGGUGGGUGCCCACAGUGGCUCAGAGGACAGGGCUAAUCAGGAGGCCUGCUGCUCCUCACUGGGAGGAUCUCUUAGGGGGUAGACACCAGUUUGCCAGUGAAGCAACAUAUCUGAUCUAAAGACUGGCUCCAGACCCCAGGCUGCCAGGAUUAUGCAGUCCACUCAGUCUACCUUAAUUUAACCUGUGGCCAAACUCAGAGAUGGUACCAGCCAGAAGCAAGCAGGACCAGAGCCAGUCACCCUGUGGCUCUGAUCCCCCAUUUAUCCAUCCCAUGUGCCUCAGGACUGGAGUGAGCAAUCCUACCUUAUAAAUGACUUUUGUGCCUUUCUGCUCCAGACUCAAAAUUUCCUACACCUGCCAGCUCUUUCCAUUUUUCCAAGGAAAGGAAAACGGAAGCAGGGUCCUUGCCUGGUAGCUCCAGGACCCAGCUCUGCAGGCACCCAAAGACCCCCUGUGCCUAGCCUCCUCCUUGAGUUCUAGGAACGUCCUCCCUAAUCCUUCCUUCCCCACAACGCCUUUGAGGUUGUAACUGUGGCUGGUAUAUCUGGCUGCCAUUUUACUGAUGCAUUUAUUUAAAAUUUGUAUGUUUUGUUAGAACCCUUGUAAGGGCUUUGUUUUCCUAAUAGCUGACUUUUUAAUAAAGCAGUUUUAUAUAUAA